AUGCCGUUCCUCCCGUACGAGGAACCUGGAAUUGCGGUCAUUCUUUCAUUGACCUCAUUUGUCCUUCUAUUAAACAUCUCUCGAUACAUCCUAGACCGACUGUUGUACUGUGGCAUCAUAGGACAAAUUCUCAUAGGAAUAAUAUGGGGUCUACCAGUCGGGGGAACAGCAUGGCUGACAGAGGGGUAUCAAGAAACGAUUCAAGCAUUGGGCUACCUAGGUCUGAUAGGUCUCGUGUUUGAAGGAGGACUCAGUACAGACCUCAAACAGCUUCGAAAAGCUGCCUACGUUUCGAUAUCAGUAGCCACUGUUGGUCUAUUAGUGCCUAUUGCAUUGUCUUUCCUGUUGCUCAUCUUACCAUUUCCCAGUAGUUCUGGGACAAUGUAUCCUACUCCUCUAGCAGCCUUCUCGGCUGGUGCAUCACUAUGUUCGACCUCUCUGGGAACGACAUUCGCCAUUCUCUCCUCUGCAAAUAUGCAGCAUACGAGAAUCGGUGUGAUACUCGUAGGAGCCGCGAUGAUGGACGACGUUGUCGGCCUUGUUAUGGUGAACAUUGUUACAACCCUUGGGAGUGGAGGUAUGGGUGGAUGGCCAAUUGCAAGACCCAUCGUCGCGAGUUUUGGCCUACUUCUUGUUUCCCUUGGUCUUGGUGCUUAUCUGCUCAAGCCGAUUUGGCUCUACCUCGUCAAGUGUUCUCACUCCGAGACAGCGGUUAAUGUUUCCGCGGGAGGCAGAUUUGAUAUCAAGGAAAUAUCUCUUACACAAUUUCGGAGGAUUCCUAGCAUAGAGUUUCUUCUUUCAACAUUGAUACUAAUCAUAUUCGUCACUAUUGCAUCUUUCAUCGAUGCGUCUGUCCUUUUCGCCGCAUUUAUUGCUGGGGGCGUAAUUAAUUACCUUUGGGACGUUGGAAACCGUAGUAUUGAAGAAGAGUCGAGAUCAAACCCAGCUCAGGUGAUGUACGAAGAGUAUUAUAAACCAAUCAUGGACUUCAUAUUGGUUCCAUUUUUCUUUGCGUCCAUCGGUUUCUCAAUUCCAAUUACAGACAUGUUCAAAGCCUCCAUCGUGUGGAAAGGCAUCGUGUACUCUAUACUCAUGGUAAUUGCAAAAUGCCUAGUGAGCCUUGUUAUGUAUUUCGAGUACUUCGCAAAAUCCUGGAAGCCAAGAAAAACUCAAUCGUCAGCAGCAGAGUCCACCCGUCCUCCACAUUUAGAAGCCUUGCUAGUGGGAUUCGCCAUGGUUGCCAGAGGAGAAAUCGGGUUCUUGAUCUCGUCUCUCUCACAGAGCUCUGGUACACUUUUGUUGAAAAAUCAACAAAAUACUGCCAUCGUUUCCGGAGAAGCAGUUUUUCUUGUCAUCGUUUGGGCUGUGGUAAUUUGCACUAUAGUCGGCCCAGUUGUCGUCGGCAUUCUUGUAAGGCGAAUAAGGAAUCAAGCAUUGGAUCUCGAUUGA